AGGAUAUCAGUCAUAAUGAACCCAUUUUUAACGCUAGCCUUUUGUCGCUAUUUUGACAUGCGAAAGUGCCACGAGAAAUGGAUUUCAGCUGACACACUCAACAUUCAACUAAACCUAUGUACAUAUAGUCUUCAGUUUAAUUGCAUUGUUAGAUAUCAUUGUUAAAAUAACUUGGUUUAUUAGUUUCAUAAAGCCAUAAUGACAUAAAGCCCCUAAACACAACAAUAUAAAACAAACAAAUAAAUGUAACAAUCAGUAGAGUAACAAAAUCAUACACUCUUAGAUAAAAGAAUGCCAAGUGUUAAAUUAAAUUUUAAUACUGCGCUUAAGCUGAAGAAACGGUUCACAUAAGAUAGUCUGACAAACAUUCCAGUAAUAAUAUGCACAAUUCGAGGGGCUCUUAUUCUGCACCAUUAGAUGAUGAUCCAGACAGAAGAGUUUCAAGAUCAUGGCGUUUAAAUGACAAGAUUCCGGCCCGAUUGGUGCUUUAUUUUUUGUCCUGGUCGGGUUUUCUGGUAUCGUUUAUGAUGCGUAACGAUAUGAAUUUCGCUUUGGUAGCUAUGAUUUCAAAUGAAAAUUUUACUCACAACCAAUUUCAUAAUGGAUCGCAAGCAGUUUUGGCUGGUGGCACUAAAGACCAAUUAUCUAUUGUAAAAUCUAUAAUAAUUAGUUCAUUCUACUGGUGCUACGUUUUAUCCCAGGUGGCUGGAGGAAUAGCCACAGAGUUGUUUGGAACCAAGUGCGUAUUUGGAUGGUCACAGUUGGCAACAGCUAUAUGUAGUAUUCUGAUGCCGUUCGCAGCCCAAUUUCAUUAUAUAGGUGUUAUUGUGUUAAGAUCUAUUCAGGGUUUUGCCUCUGGGUUGACUUGGCCUGCGAUGUAUGCAAUAGUUGGCUAUUGGAUACCACUUACAGAACGUUCACGUUUUAUGUCAAGCUUUCAAGGUUUUAGUAUAGGAAUCGGUUUAACUUACCCGUUAUGUGGAUUUAUUUUGUCAGAGUUUAGUUGGCCGUAUGUUUUUUAUACAACUGGCACAUUAGGACUUGGGUGGUGUUUAUUAUGGUAUUUACUAGCUUUCAAUACACCCCGAGAACAUCCACGUAUUUCCGAGGAGGAACUUAAUUUUAUAGAACUUAACGUAAGAAAAGAGGUUAUCAAUGCAGCCAAAGUUAAAAUCCCUUGGCUUAAAAUAUUCAGGUCUUUACCUGCUUGGGCGAUUGCGAUAACAACAUUUGGUCGAAUAUUCGUUCAUUAUGUUUUUAUUGUUAGUGGCCCUACAUUUAUGGGGAAGGUUUUAAAGUUUAAUUUUGAAACAAAUGGCUUUCUGUCAGGAAUGCCAUUUAUUUGUUCAUAUAUUUCAUCGGUAUUUUUUUGCUAUAUUGCUGAUAAAUUUGUAAUGUACAAAGUUUUAAAUUUAACUAAUGUAAGAAAAUUAUUUACGGCUCUUUCGCAAAUUAUUCCAGGGCUCUUAAUAUAUUGUAUUGGAUAUAUAGAUAAUGUACACAUUUUGUUAACGGUAUGGUUUAUAGCGGUGAUAUUUAUAACUGCAUCUUAUGCAGGAGCAAUGGCCAAUAUAAUUGAUUUAGCACCAAACUAUGGACAUUCUGCUGCCGUUCUGGCAUUUUGCCAAACAAUUCACAUGUCUGCGUCCUUUAUUUCCCCGUUGACUGCUGGAUUUAUUGUAACUCGAGAGGACUCUAUUGAUCAGUGGCGAAGUGUUUUUGAACUAUCAGCCAUUAUUUCCAUAUUGACCUUUGUAGUUUAUCAAAUUUUCGGAACGGCUGAGAUUCAGUCUUGGAACAAGGAGCUUCCUACACAUGACGACUCAGAUGAAGGAAAGAUUUUAUCGAAACCAAAUGAAGAAGUUGAUAAGACUACUGCACUAAAAUGAAGAAAGUUUUUUUUAAAGUAAUACUUAUGUCAUACUAUAUUAUAAACUUUGUUACUAUUUGUUAGCUUUGAAUUGAUUGUCAUAAUGAAACAUAAACAUGUUUUUGAAAUAUAUUUGUUUGUGGGAAGACACCGAAUAUGCCACCCUUGUAUAUAACCAACCGCACGAGUAGGUUUAGUUAAUUAAAGUAUAUAUUUUUGAGCUGCAA